AUGUCGACAUUAGCGAGUGUUCCCCAGGGCCCGGCACCCGAGUGGCAGCGUUGGGCCAACAACUCAAAAAUGUUGAAUCGCAUGAUUAAAGACGAAGCUCGAUCAAUCAAGCGUACAGUCCAGCGCGAACGUAACAUGAGCUCUGACAAAGUUGACCGGCUCAUGGUCACCACGCAAUAUUUGGCAUCGCUGCGGCAAAUAGACGAGAAUGGCUGGCAGGCCUUGGAUGACCUCAUUUCUUUUCUCAGUGGUCAUGCUGAUAAGCUCUGGGGAAAGAUGGAAUCUCAUUCUUGUUCGUCAGAGGACGAUGAUGAGGAUUCAGCCUUGAUCAAGCUCAGUGGCCAAUGCAGCGAGGUCUCGACCAUGGUGCAUCAAGCAAGAUGGCAACAAAUGAAGGCAAAGAAGUAUGAUUUGUAG